GGAUUGCCACAGGCCACAAGGGGCCUCAGAAGAAAUUGAAAACAGCAGCCAAAGAUGGACUGAUGAGACACCAGCUGCAGGACAAAGUAUAGAAACGACAAGCGGAGAUGGCAGCACAGCUGAGUGCACAUUUUUCACCGGCAACGUGUAAUUGUGUUAUAAAAUUAAGAGUCACUGUUUGCAGAAGCAGUUCAGCCUCUUAAUUGCUGACGCGCCUUUUAGAGCCCACAGCGUCGGUCGUCUCAUUAGCGUCCUGCUGAGGCCAGUGGGUCCAACACUGCAAAUUAGGUUGAACUUCAUCAGGACUUAGAGAGCGACGUCUUCAAACCACUCCAAUGUCUUCCGGCUGUCCACCCCAGUCACCUGCUGUGGCAAAGUCUGAAGUCGCAGUAGAGGGAGAAUGUCCAUUGCUGGCGGCCACCUUCGCCUACUGGGACAACAUCCUGGGUCCCCGUGUGCGACACAUCUGGUCACCGAAGGGCGACCAGCUGAUGUUCCUCAGCGAUGGAGAGGUCACCUUCCUGGCCAAUCACACCCUUAACGGGGAGAUUCUCCGCAGUGCCGAGUGUGGCGCCGUGGAUGUGAAGUUCUUCGUCCUGGCAGAAAAGGGCGUCAUCAUUGUGUCCCUCAUCUUUGACGGGGAGCUGAAGGGGGACAAGAACACAUGUGCCUUGUCCAUUAUCCUGCCGCAGACAGAGCUGGCCUUCUACCUGCCCCUGCACACCAUCUGCGUGGAGAGACUAAAACACGUCAUCCGCAAGGGCCGCAUUUGGAUGCAGAAGGGCUACAACAUCAUCUCUGUGUUGAGCAUGGAGAUUGUCCCUAUCAUGGAGUUGUUGGCCUCUAUGAAGUCACACAGCGCGCCAGAGCAUAUAGAUAUAAAAGACACGGUGCUAAAUGAUGAUGACAUCGGGGACAGCUGCCACGAGGAUUUCCUCCACAAGGCCAUCAGCUCUCAUCUGCAGACUUGCGGCUGUUCAAUAGUAGUUGGAAGCAACCCAGAGAAAGUAAAUAAGAUUGUGCGAACUCUCUGUGUCUUCCUCACCCCAGCCGAGAGGAAGUGCUCUCGCCUCUGCAGGGCGGAUUCAUCCUUUAAAUAUGACACGGGCCUGUUUGUACAGGGUCUGCUCAAGGACUCCACAGGCAGCUUUGUCCUGCCCUUCCGCCAAGUGCUUUACUCACCGUACCCAACCACUCACAUCGACGUCGACAUCAACACUGUGAAGCAGAUGCCACCGUGCCACGAGCACAUGUACAACCAGCGACGAUACAUGCGGUCAGAGCUGAGCACGCUCUGGAAGACGGACAGCGAGGAGGACAUACCCCCAGACACAGUCAUUCACACGGAUGAAACCUUCACACCUGACCUGAAUAUAUUUCAGGACGUAAUGCAUAAUGACACUUUGGUGAAGUCAUUUAUAGACGAGGUGUUCAUGCUGAAGCCGGGCCUGUCCCUGCGGAGCACCUAUCUGGCCCAGUUCCUGCUGCUGCUCCACAGGAAAGCCCUCACGCUGCUCAAGUACAUUGAGGACGAAACGCAAAAAGGGAAGAAGCCAUUUAGAUCCUUGCGCAAUUUAAAGACCGACCUGGAUCUGACGGUGGAGGGAGACCUGAGCAUUGUAAUGGCCUUCGCUGAGAAGCUCAGGGCGGGACUGCACUCGUUUGUGUUUGGGAAGCCAUUCUACACCAGCAUGCAGGAGCGAGACGUACUCAUGACCUUGUGACUCUUAUUUUUCACGUGCACUUUAUUUAUUGGACGGUUAAUGAAAACCGAUGUUUUGUUAUAUUGGUUUUUUUGUUGUUGUUGUAUCAAUGUUACUUUAAAGCAUGCAGAUCUGUGAGAUAAACGUUAGCCUGAAUAUUUGUGUGUCGAUCAACCCAAGAGUGAUUGUUGCCGCUGUAAUGAGCCAUUGCAAUUGAAGUUCUGAUGUAUUGCCUUGAUCAACCGUAAGCGUAAUGUGAGUUUAAUAUUUUUAGACGACAUAAAUUAUUUUCUGCAGAAUGAAUUAUUCAUGUGUUCUAUGCCUUCUGCUAACAAAGGGUCUGUGUUAAUUUAUGGUGCUAAAAUUGGCUGAGGUGCCCACCAGGAUGCUUGCAAUUUAAUUUAAAUGAUAUUAAUGAAAGCAAGUUAUUUGUUUCUUCACAGCCUGUGUUACACAACAACCUCGAUUGGCCUUUGAACCUGUGGAUUGCCUUUUAGAAUAAAUCUAAUUAUGUGUACGGAAUGUGAACAGAUCUGGUGACAUUAAAAAAGGUUCUGACUAAUUUAAGCAUGUGGGGGAAAAAAACAGAUGGUCUGUUCAUACAAUUUUAACACAAUCUGUCCUUAAAAAGCAGAUCUCUUAUUAUAGAGUGUCUAUAUAAAUUACUAUGGUUGACCAGUAAAUGGAUUUGCACUGGUUUAUUGUCCUCCCACAGCAACACAACUUUGCUGUCAGUAUUAUUAGGACAUUUGUGUCUUAAAGUAGAUCUGUUUUGGUUAUUUGCUUUUAAAAUAUGCUUCCAAAAAUGCUCAUUAUUCUAAGAUUGUAAUAUGUUGAGUCGAUAAUGUGCCAUACACAAUUUUACAGCAUGUACAAUUUGCAUUUUUUUUCCCCUUGCAUAUCUUUAGCAAACCAUGUUUCUUGAUUUAUCUGCUCCUUCUUUUUCUUAAUAGACUGAUUCACUUUGUUUUAACAGUGACCGUUUGUCUUAGUGUUCAGAUGGGGCAAUCAAUAAUAAAAACUGUACUA